CCGGUGUAUCUGGCAUCCGAUUCUCCUUUCAUUUGUGCACUUGAUGCCCGCUGCGCCUGUGUUUUAUUUCCAGGGACUUGAUCGGAGUUGUAUACUAGUACUAGUGCCCGCUACUACGGGUAAAGCAAAUAGGGAGGGCGUACGAGAAAACGCUUUUAAAUACGAUCGUCAGGAUUAGGAACUCAUCUUCAGGUUUUCUCUGCAAGUCGCCCCAGAACCAUCGAGAAAGAGAGGAUGUCUGUGACAUUGCAUACAGAUGUGGGAGAUAUCAAAAUAGAAGUCUUCUGUGAGAGGACACCCAAGACGUGUGAGGAAAUAUGAUUAAGACAUAAGAGAAUUGUUCUGUAAAUACUUAGCCUGUUGAGAUGGCAAGGACAAAAGGAAGAGGAGUCAGCUAUUGUUCAUCCCUGCAGUAAUUUGUCAGAAGACUUUCCAGCCAUGUCUAGGGUACAUGAUGAGCAAGAGACAUUCCCUACCCUCGGGUACUGGAACUCCAGUAGGGAAUCAAAUAACCGCAAAAGAGUCCAUUCCUUAAGAUAUGCAGCGUGCGGGCCUUCCCAGGACCUGCUGAAGACUGACCAUCCUAACCCCGGCGAGGAGAGUGGCCAGCGCCUGGAAGUCACAAAUUUCCUGGCUCUUUGUGCCAGUGAUUACUACAACGGCUGUGUGUUUCACAGAAACAUCAAGGGUUUCAUGGUUCAGACAGGAGACCCGACAGGCACCGGACGGGGAGGCAGCAGUAUCUGGGGCAGGAAGUUCGAGGACGAGUACAGCGAGUAUCUGAAGCACAAUGUUAGAGGUGUUGUAUCUAUGGCUAAUAAUGGCCCAAAUACCAACGGAUCUCAGUUCUUCAUCACCUACGGCAAGCAGCCGCAUCUGGACAUGAAGUACACAGUGUUUGGAAAGGUCAUAGAUGGUCUGGAGACUUUGGAUGAACUGGAGAAGUUACCAGUGAACGAGAAGACAUACAGACCUCUUAAUGAUGUGCACAUCAAGGACAUAACUAUUCAUGCCAACCCAUUUGCUCAGUAGCUGCAGCAGGCCUGGACAGACACUUGGCAAGCUCGUCACUGGAACAUGCCCAUUGGCCUUUAUCCAGUUCUGAUUACGUCGGAGACGGAGGUUCUUCUGGUGUUUACAGUAAUGGCAUCUGUCGGGGAGGCCCGUCGUGUUCACCCCCAGUUGUUAGCAUAUUCUGUACCACUGCUGUUAGUCAGUGUUUUAAUACAAAGGAAUGCCUUAUUUUUUUAAGGCCGGACAUUCAUAACUAAGAA